UGUGUUGUUUACCUGCCCUGUACCUAAUCAGUUUUCACCUUUAACAUCAUUACAUACUGUUCCUGGUUUCCUGUGAGCAGCAUUUGAGUUCAAACACACCGUGGAUGUAUAACAAGAUCUGGGUAUCGCCCAGUGGAAGCUCACAAUGUUGCAUUUCCCUCAAAGACCUCCAUUAUAACGGACUGUCUGUGUUGACAGGACACCUAGAGCUGCAAACAAGGUGUUUUCGGUGCAGAUGUGCGACGUGGUGAACGAGAUCGAGCUUGAGAAGGAGCGCUGUGAGGACAGCAGCUUUGGAAACGUCACUUCAGGUUGCCAGGGCAUGUGGGACAUCAUCGCCUGCUGGCCCUCAGCCAGGGUCGGGGAGGUGGUUACAAUAACCUGCCCGACCUACUUCAGCUACUUCAGCGACGAGCACAAAGGUAACCUCUCCAAAACCUGCACAGCAGAUGGCUGGACUGAAAUGCAUCCUAUUGACAUCGCCAUGAACUGUGGAUACAACCUCAACAGCACCAGUGACGAUGGCAAGUUUUUCUGGCAAGUGAAGAUCGGCUACACCAUCGGCCACAGUGUUUCCCUCAUCUCUCUGACCACAGCUAUUGUGAUCCUCUGCAUCUUCAGGAAGCUCCACUGCACGAGGAACUACAUCCACAUGCAUCUGUUCGUGUCAUUCAUCCUGAAGGCCAUCGCCGUCUUCAUCAAGGAUGUCGUCCUCUACGAGGUCGGGGAGGUGGACAACUGCUCCUCGGGCUCCGUCGGCUGCAAAGUAGUGAUUGUGUUCUUCCAGUACUGUAUAAUGGCCAGCUUCUUCUGGCUGCUGGUGGAGGGUCUUUAUCUGCACGCACUGUUGGCCGUCUCUUUCUUCUCCGAGAGGAAAUACUUCUGGGCAUAUAUCCUGAUCGGCUGGGGAGGGCCGAUGGUCUUCAUCACAGCGUGGAGCAUCACUAAAGCCUACUUUAACGACGUGGGCUGCUGGGAUAUAAUCGAGAACACCGACGUCUUCUGGUGGAUCAUUAAAACCCCGAUUUUGGCGUCAAUCCUGAUGAACUUUAUUCUAUUCAUCUGCAUCAUACGAAUACUUCGCCAGAAAAUCAACUGCCCAGACAUUGGAAGAAACGAGUCCAACCAGUACUCGAGGCUGGCGAAGUCUACGCUGCUCCUGAUUCCUCUGUUUGGGAUCAACUUCAUCGUGUUUGCAUUCAUCCCGGAGCAAGUGAAGACCGAGCUCCGGCUGGUUUUCGACUUGAUUCUGGGGUCAUUUCAGGGCUUUGUGGUGGCUGUUCUUUACUGCUUCCUGAACGGAGAGGUGCAAGCCGAGAUCAAGAGGAAGUGGCGGAGGUGGCACCUGCAGAGAUACAUGGGCUCGGACACCAAAUACCAGCAUCCGUCCAUCGGCAGCAGCAACAACUUCAGCACCCAGAUCACCAUGCUGACACGCUGCAGCCCCAAAACACGGCGGACUUCCUCCUCCUGUAACGACGACCUGUCUUGCAUAUGAUCACACAAAGAGUGAUAGAGACGUUCAUGCUGUACAACAAACACUGGAGACAGAAGGACACAGCGUCUGUAAAGAAACGCGCUCGUUAGCACAUCUGCUAACGUGUUGCUGAAAGCAAAGUGAUGAGAAAACAUCUUGUUUAUCUCCAUGCUUCGUAAAAAAAAGUUGACAGAAAUGAGCUUCACAAACAGCCUUUUCACACUUGGAUGAGAACCAUUCACGAUUCAUUGCACAUGUACUGUACAGGGGAAUUAGUGAGUCAUCAUUAUGGAUCAUUUGGUCAAUCGUGAUUAAGUUCCCUGUGUGAUGUGUCACAUUUUAAUGGGGUUAGGUCAGGGAAUCCUAAUGUGAGCAGCACCAGCAGCCCUGCAAUCUGAUCUAAUUAUCACUGAUUAGAAAUCCCUUAGCAGAUUCCUGCAGCUCCAAACGAACAAGGCUGGCGCGAAGACACUGAUGUUAAAAGUAAAGGAGCUCUGUUCUUUUAACAGCAAAUCUGAUUAUUUAUAUUGUGACAUCAGAGGCAAAGAAUAGCACCAGAAAUGCAUUAUGAAGAUGUGAGAGGCGACCUAAAAAAGGACUGGAUGAUAACCAGCAGGAUUUUUUUUUGCUGCUGAUCCCAGCGAUGGGUUUGGAGUAUAAAUGCCCUUCUCUGCACUAUCACUCUCAUGAGACUGAUUUCCCUCCCAUCAGUACAGCCCACCCCCUUGUUUCGUGUGCUUCUGUGAUAUGUGUUUUUGUAUUUUAUUUGAUGAGCCGAUCGCUGACGAGUGCCUGGUUUCAUUGUUUCUGAAGUGACACUUUCAAUCCAAUCUUCAGCGGCUGAGAGCUGCGAAGAGGAAACGCCUUGAAGCAAAUCAGACUUUGAAUGUUUACAUUUACUCGGGAGUCAAAUCGCAUUGUACACACAAACAUACUGUGUAAAGGAUUACUCUAGAUUGUCGUGCCAAACCGUUUGCAUUGUUGCUACAAUAUCAGUAUUGCUGUUUGACAGGAAUUAUCGUGCUUGUUCAUGCAGCAGUCUGUGGCUGAAUGCUGAGCAUAGCAGCUGAAUAAUUGCACAUAAAAACAGACGUGUACAGAGAAGUGUCGGUCAGCGCUUUGUCGAUCCUUCAGUGUGAUUUUGAAUUCCCUUUGACCCGUCUGGGAGAAGUUUGUCCGACAUGUCAGUAGAGUUUUGUGCAAAGCAAAGCAAGGUGACAGGGAUGACUGGUCCUGUCACUGCCAGGCCAUCAUUGUGCUUUUCAGACCACAAGAUCAGACGUGAUGUGUUGUUUGCUGGUGACAAAAGAUAAAAGUUAUACUGCAUGUUUGGAAAUCCUUAUCCUCUGAGGGAGUGAGAUUUCCUUAAAUGAUCCCAGCUUGUUGUCAGUCAGUGUAAUUGUGCCAAAGUACCUCUCAUAAUGGUGAAUACAUAUGCACAUACAAAAGAAACAAGCCCAGUGAUUGGAGGUCAGUCAGGUGUUGCUAGAUAUUAUCUUUUAGUGUUUCGGUGACCUUGCAUGGUUGUUUUGUAUCAGUGAGAUAAUAAUCCAAAGUGGUUUUGAAAUAACCAUUUAAAUGUGCACUUAAAGCAAAUGCAGUGUUGAAUUCUGUGUUACAUAGAGGUGUUCAUUUGCGAGCUUGGAUAAUGUGUGUGUUUAGUAUUUGAUUGGUUAUGUGUUGCGUGUGAAACUGCAUACCUUUGAGAAGCUGCAAAUGUGAACACAGAAGGAUCUGUCUUAGGUUUCCUUUCUAUACUAUUCAUUGUUUUUGUUGUACAGUGUAUGUCAAGAUUGCCGUCUUGGCAGGAAUAUAA